UGGAAUCUCACACAUUAGAUGCUGAAACAUGUCAGAAUAAUAAAAAUAGCCAACAACCUGCAGGUGACUUUUUAUAUAUAUAUAUACACAGACAUAUAUGUGUGGGUGACUCUGCGUAUAUAUAUAUAUCUAGAAGAGAGAAAGAGAGGGCUGAAAGAUGAUUAAAAGAAGUGUUAUUGCCUCUUCAAAGUGUAGAUACGGUGGUGCUCUCUCUCUUCAUAAAGGUAUCGGUAAGUCUGCAACUUCUCUUAAGCAUUGUGUUAAUUUCUUCAUUGAUUAUCAAUUUGCUUGCAACAACUUAAGGGCUUCGUUUCAUUCCCAAACUGUUAAUGAUAAAAAAACCUCACUUUACGAAGCCUGUCAGAAAUCAACGCAGAUUUGAGUUCACUAACCUUAAUGAUGCACUCGCAAUGUUUGAUCAAAUGUCUCAAGUGCGACCUCUUCCUUCAAUUGUGCAUUUUAAUCAAUUUUUAGGGGCCAUUGUGGGAAUGAAACAUUACACCACUGCUAUUUCUUUGCUUAAGCAAAUGGAAUCCUCAAUAAUGGUAGAGCCGAACGAGUAUACUCUGCCAUCUCAAUGAAUUGUUACUGCCAUUUGAAUCGGGUCGAUUUGGGUUUCUCUGUUCUAGGGAAAACUUUGAAGCUUGGUUAUGAAGUGAACAGUGUGAUGAUCAACACUUUGAUGAGGGGACUCUGUUUUGAGGAAAAAAUAGGUCAGGCAGUAGAGUUGUUUAAUGACAUGGGGGCAAAAGGAUUUCGACAUAAUACAGUUACUUGCGGCACGAUUAUAAAUGGGUUGUGCAAAACAGGGAACACCAGCGCAGCUAUUGAGUUGGUUAAGAAGUUGGAAGAGAGAAAUUGGGAAACCAAUGUGAUUGUCUAUAUCAUGAUCAUUGACAGUCUUUGUAAGGACAGAUUGGUAGCUGAGGCCUUUGACUUCUUUUCAGAAAUGAUACAUAAAGGCAUUUCUCCAGAUGUUAUUACUUACAACUCCUUAAUCCUUGGCCUAUGCAAUUCAAACCAGUGGAAAGAGGCUACAAAUUUGUUAAAUGAAAUGGUGAACCAAAAAAUAAAACCGAAUGUAAGAACCUUCAAUAUAUUGGUGGAUGCAAUUUGUAAGGAAGGGAAGGUUGCAGAAGCAGUAGAAAUAGUUGAAGUGAUGAUUGAAAGAGGUGAGGAGCCUAAUACAGUCACUUACAAUGCACUGAUGAACGGUUAUUGUUUACAAAGCAAAUUUCAUGAGGCAAAGAAGAUAUUUGAUUUGAUUGUUGGUAGGGGUUGUGCCCCUGAUAUUCAAAGCUAUAACAUCUUGAUUAAUGGAUAUUGUAAGAAGCAAAGAAUGGAUGACGCUCUCAGACUUUUUCAGGAAAUUUUCCGGAUGGGGUUGAUUCCUGAUGCUGUUACUUACAAUACUCUUAUAGGUGGUUUUUGCCAUGCAGGAAAACCUCUAGUUGCACAAUGACUUCUAAAUGAGAUGCAAGCCCGUGGCCAACAUCCUAAUGUUAUAACAUAUUGUACUUUGUUAGAUGGAUUGUGUAAGAACCAAUGUCUGGCUGAGGCAAUGACCUUGUUUCAAGACAAGGAAGAAUGUGGACUGCAUCCUGAUAUUGUGGUUUACAACAUCCUCAUUGAUGGUUUGUGCAGAGCUGGAUGCAUUAAAGAUGCAAGGGAACUCUUUUAUAGUUUUCCUUCCAAAAGGUUCCAACCUAAUGUUUUCACAUAUAGUAUUAUGAUCAAUGGACUCUGUAAGGAAGGAUUGUUAAGCGAAGCAAACAUGUUGCUUAAGAAAAUGGAAGGGAGUGGUUGCUCACCAGAUGGUUGCACCUAUAAUAUAAUUGUGCAGGGAUUUCUUCGAAAGAAUGAGACGCUAAUGGCAAUGCAACUUCUUCAAGAAAUGGUUGAGAAGGGGUUCUCUGCCAAUUUAGGUACUGUGAGCCUUUUGUUGGAUUUAUCAAGUAAUAGUGGAUUGGAUCAGUCAGUUUUGGAGAUGCUCAAUAAGUUUCUGUGAUCACUAUUGGGUUCUCUUAUGUUAGGUGGAAGAUUCAUAUUUGUUAGCCUUGCAGUGUGCUGUAUGUAUGGCUUAUUGAUGCUUGCAUCAGUGUGUCUUCUUCAUGUUUUAGGGGCGAAAUUGUUGUUCCAUGAGAAGUACGAAAAAGAGAACCUGAGUUGGGUGAUGUUGGGGAACUUAAGAAGAAUGCCGGAGGGAUUUGUAUGAAACUGAUUGCUGCUGAAGCAUAUGGGAAUGGUGGUUCAAUGGCCCCAAAGAGAUACGAGUUUCCAAGCUUUGAAAUUUACCAAGAACUGUGUGCUUAUCAUCUCUGCCUUUGUCUGUCAGGAUGUUUCAAGAAUGGUACCUCAUCAACUUCACUUUCCUUUCUUGUUUACGCAUUAUAUAGUGAGCGUAUGCUGUCCUUACUUUCCCUCUUAAUUACUUGUUGUUAAUAAACUUAAUCUUAUAACCAUCUCAUUACGAACCCUUUCGAAUCCAUCAAAUAUUUUUGUUGCAUCUUCACUUUCCUUCAAAUUGUUUUGGUUUACUCAUUGCACUGACACAAUAUCUGAUUCCAAUCUCUUAGCUUGCAAAGGACCCCAUAUUAAUGCUUUGGGUUGUGGGUUCAUUAU